AUGCGCGACGCAGUGAACGCCGAACUUGAUAGACUGGAGCGGCUCAACAUCAUCACACCAGUCCAGCACUCCGAGUGGGCAGCACCGAUUGUAGUGGUACGCAAGUCGAAUGGACAACUGAGAAUAUGCGGAGACUAUUCGACGGGACUCAACGCAUCACUCCACCCCCAUGACUAUCCGCUGCCACUGCCACAGGACAUCUACACCAAACUGGGUAACUCGACAAUUUUUAGCCAAAUUGACUUAUCUGAUGCUUUCUUACAGGUCCCCAUUGCCGAGCAAAGUCGCCGCUUGCUCACCAUAAACACGCAUAAAGGGUUGUACCUGUAUAAUCGCCUGCCACCAGGGAUUAAAGUAGCACCAGGCGCAUUUCAGCAGCUUAUGGACCAAAUGCUUGCUGGAAUGGAACGUGUCGCGAGUUACAUGGACGACGUUAUCGUUGGUGGACGAACACAACGGGAACACGACGACGUACUAAACGAAACCCUGAGACGCAUUCAGGAGUAUGGUUUCACCAUCCGCCCGGAGAAAUGUUCGUUCAACAAACGCCAAGUUCGCUACCUUGGUCACAUCCUCGAUAACCACGGCAUUCGUCCAGACCCAGCCAAAAUAGCUGCGAUAAAGGAUCUUUCAGCGCCAAUCGACGUUAGUGGUGUACGUUCCUUUCUUGGCGCCGUUAACUAUUAUGGAAGAUUCAUCCCGAGCAUGCGCAAGCUUCGAUACCCGUUGGACAACCUACUGAAAGAAGGCAGUUCGUUUAAGUGGUCCCCUGAAUGCCAAAAAGCCUUCGAGCAGUUCAAAAGUAUCCUUUCAUCGGAACUGCUCCUGACGCACUACGAUCCAAGGCGUGAGAUUGUUGUAUCCGCGGACGCGUCAUCCGUCGGAUUAGGCGCAACAAUCGGUCACAAGUUCCCCGAUGGAACUUUUAAAGUUGUGCAGCAUGCGUCCCGUGCACUAACAAAGGCAGAGAAAAACUACAGCCAGAUAGAUCGGGAAGGCUUGGCAAUUAUCUUCGCUGUGACGAAAUUCCAUAAUUUUAUAUUUGGACGGCAUUUUACUCUACAAACGGAUCACAAGCCACUUUUGAGAAUUUUCGGCAGCAAGAAAGGCAUCCCCGUUUACACCGCCAAUCGCUUGCAGAGAUUCGCGCUCACCUUACAGCUGUAUGAUUUCGACAUCAAUUACGUAUCGACCGACAAUUUUGGGAACGCCGACAUCCUUUCGCGACUGAUUCGAAAUCACGAAAAGUUAGAGGAGGAUUACGUGAUUGCUAGCAUCGGCCUAGAGGAGGACAUACGAUCAGUCGUCGUUAACUCAUUGAGUUCAGUUGCAUUAAAUGCAACGGAUGUCGCAACGGCUACUAAAUCCGAUCCCAUUAUGAGCAAAGUCAUACAGUUUGUACGACAAGACUGGCUACGUAACAGUACGUUCAGUGGUGAGCUGGCAUGCUUCUACGCUAGGAAGGAAGCUUUAUCAGAGAUGGGAGGCUGUCUCUUAUUCGGGGAGAGAGUCAUCAUACCAAAGGCUCUCCGGCAACGAUGCCUGCGUCAACUACAUCACGGCCAUCCAGGUGUACAAAGGAUGAAGUCGAUCGCACGAAGCUACGUCUACUGGCCGAAGAUAGACACUGAUAUCGUUGAACUUGUAGCAUCUUGUAACGCUUGUGCAUCCGCAGCGAAAUCACCCCCACACGCUAGCCCGGUACCAUGGCCUGAGAUAACUGCACCGUGGCAACGUAUCCACAUCGAUUAUGCUGGUCCCAUCGACGGUUUCUCCUACUUAAUCGUAGUCGAUGCUUUCUCUAAAUGGCCAGAGGUAAUAAGGACUGCCAGCACAACUUCCAAAGCGACCAUACGAAUUCUUAAUACCAUGUUUGCGCGAUACGGUAUGCCAGUAACCCUUGUUAGCGAUAAUGGUCGCCAAUUUAUCAGUUCCGAAUUUGAAGAUUUUUGUAUUUGUAACGGCAUAGAGCACCUCACCUCCGCCCCGUUCCACCCUCAGUCUAACGGGCAAGCGGAACGCUUCGUGGAUACAUUCAAGCGCGCCAUAACCAAAAUCACGAGCGAUGGAACUGCAAUAGAAGAUGCACUUGACACGUUUUUACAAUCAUAUCGCGCCACGCCAAAUCCUCAAGUGCCAAAUAACGAAGCGCCAGCGACAGUAAUGUUCGGACGACAAAUUCGCACUUGUUUAGAGCUUAUACGCCCUGUGCCUAAACCGCAAGAAACCAAUAACGAUGAGCAACGACGCAAUUUCGUCCCAAAUGAUCUAGUCUUCGCAAAGAUUUAUGAUAUGUCCGAACUACUCGGACUAUUGCACACAGCUUCUAGUUAA